AUGUACAUUCCAGACCGCCACAAACGUGGUCUUGCCAGGCAAGCGUUUUUUGCCGUCUUGGCGGUAGUUCUGGUUGUGAUAUUCCUCUCGUUGAGACCACACAAAAUACCGUUCCCUCAUGUUCCAGACAUUCCUGCACAUAUCCCUUUUGACAGGACUCCCAAGUGGGAUCCGGAGACAAAUGUGACGGCAUUUUCGAAAGAGGGCAUGGUUGCAUCGGACUCCAGAUACUGUUCUCAGAUGGGAAUAGGCAUCCUACGUAGGGGUGGGAAUGCAGCAGAUGCUGCUGUCACGACGUGUCUGUGCAUCGGGGCAACAGAUACCAUGUUUUCCAGCGGCAUCGGAGGUGGUGCCUUUAUUACGGCAUUGAAAAAGGGCUUGGGCGCCAUAAGUAUAGACGCCAGAGAGAUGGCACCGAUGGCGGCCCACGUCAACAUGUUCGAAGGUAGAGAACAUUACAGCCAGUACGGCGGGUUGGCAGCUGGCAUACCUGGAGAACUGAAAGGAUUGUGGACAUUGCACAAGCUCCAUGGAUCUAAGAAUCUAGCAUGGGAAGAUCUUGUUUUGCCGGUGGCCGACUUGGUCGACAACGGAUGGAAGAUCGACGUGAGGUUGGCUUUUGCGUUGAAGACCCAACUCUCGGCAUUCAAAUACUUUCGCAAAGACUGGGAUUUUGUGUUUAAGAGUGGGACAAACCAGUUACUGGAAGAAGGUGAUUUAAUGCGUAGGCCUGCACUUGCCAAGACUUUACGCUACGUUGCUGAGCAAGGUGCAUCGGUAUUCUACGAUCCAAAUGAUUACAUUGCUCGCUCACUAGCAGCUAAAGUUCAAGAAUACGAAGGUAUUCUGACGCCAGAAGAUUUUGGGAAAUACGAGGUUGUGGUCGAGGAUGCAAUCAAGCUGAGUAACUUCACCAAUAACAACCUGACUGUCUUUUCCGCCAACGGGGCAUCUAGUGGUUUGGCAUUGGUAACCGGAUUAUCCAUUCUAGAUCAAUUUGAUAGUUUCGAAAAGACAGACUAUACUCCAGUUGGAACUCACCGAAUGAUUGAAGUUAUGAAAUGGAUGGCUUCCACCCGUUCUUACCUAGGAGAUGGGGGCUACUAUAACACAAACAAAACCCAGCUACAAGAAAGAAGACAGAGGUAUAGCAAGUUUUUAUCAAAGGAAUACAUCCAGUCUGUCAAGGAGAAGAUAAACGACAAUUUCACUAAUCCUUGGGAAAACUAUGACCCGGCGUAUGAGCCUAACGACCCCCAUGGGACUUCCUCGUUGAGUGUUGUUGAUAAAGGAGGCAAUGCAGUAACCUUGACAACCACUGUGAAUUUGCUAUUUGGCUCCUGCGUUCAUGAUCCAAACACAGGCGUGAUAAUGAACAACGAAAUGGAUGAUUUUUCUGUUCCGCACACGAGGAACGCGUUUGGUUUGUCACCAUCUGUCUACAACUAUAUUGAACCUUACAAGCGGCCACUUUCUUCCUCUGCACAAUCAAUUGUUGUAAACUCCAAAGGUAAUGUUGAGCUAGUUAUUGGAGCGGCUGGCGGAUCCAGAAUUACUACUGCAAUACUGCAAGGUAUUGUUAGGACUUUCAUACAGGGAAAAAACAUUACCAAUGUUAUUGCAAACCCAAGAAUACACCACCAACUUUUACCAGAUAACAUAUUUUUUGAGCGUCCCGUAUCUGACGUUCUUAUCAAAGAGUUAGAGGGGAAGGGCCAUACUGUUGAACUGAUCUCUCCUAUGACAGCAAUGAAUGCUAUCCGCGUUACAUCUGAAGGCAUGUGGGGACAAGGCGACUGGUGGAGGAAGUUCGGCGUUGCUGUUGGUGCAUAA